GUGAGAAGCAGCGGAUUCAGCCCAGUGGGACUCAAAGCUGCGCCGUGGGCGGAGCCAGCGGAGGGGGCGGGAACGGAGCCCCUGCGGCGGUGCCUGCUGUGCGCGGUGCCUGCUGCCCCGAGCGGAGCCAUGAGCUGGACCUGCCCGCGUUGCCAGCAACCCGUGUUCUUCGCGGAGAAGGUGAGCUCCCUGGGCAAGAACUGGCACCGCUUCUGCCUGAAAUGUGAGCGCUGCCACAGCGUCCUGUCCCCAGGAGGGCAUGCAGAGCACAACGGGAGGCCGUAUUGCCACAAGCCAUGUUAUGGGGCUCUCUUCGGCCCCAGGGGGGUGAACAUUGGUGGUGUGGGCUCCUACCUCUACAACUCCCUCACUCCCACCCCUGCCAGCACCACUCCUGUCAGCCCCAGCAGCUUCAGCCCCCCCAGGUCCAGGACUGGCCUCCCCCAGGGCAAGAAAAGCCCUCCCCACAUGAAGACGUUCACUGGGGAGACCUCGCUGUGCCCUGGCUGUGAGGAACCUGUCUAUUUUGCUGAGAAGGUGAUGUCUUUGGGCAGAAAUUGGCACCGACCUUGUCUGAGGUGCCAGCGCUGCCAGAAGACCCUGACUGCUGGGAGUCACGCGGAGCAUGAUGGCGUCCCCUACUGCCACAUCCCCUGCUACGGCUACCUGUUUGGCCCCAGAGGUGUGAACAUUGGUGAUGUGGGCUGCUACAUCUAUGACCCCGUGGAGAUAAAAUCCAAAUGAGAUGCUUACAGGAGAGGUCACCCAACUCGGGCCUCCCACCAUCCCCUCCAUGGCCCACUGGGAGCUACAGAAUUCUCCAGUCCCGUGGGGGUGGGGAAAGGUGGGAUUUUGGUGGCCUGGGCCUAGGUUCCAUGGUAGAACAGAAAGUCUAGACUUUCUCUGCCAACUCCUCCUUUUCCCAUUCCUAUCUAGUCAGAGGACAUAGGCCACCCCAUUUUGAAGGGUGGCCUCCUGGCCUUCCCCAUCCCUUUCCCCAGGAAAUUCUGUAACUUUAAGGUACUCAUAAAACUUGUGUUUAUUCUGGCUUCUCCAAUAAAAUGUUGGCUCC